UUGGUGACCCCAUUCCCCCCUUGGUCACUGUCUUGCUCACAGUCAUGAUGCCUUGGUCCCCAGUGUUUCUUGGGGUCAUCAUCUUGCUGUCUGCUUUCCCAGGGCCUAAUGUUGGGGGCCACCCCAUGCCCAAGCUGGCUGACCGGAAGCUGUGUGCUGAUAAGGAAUGCAGCCACCCCAUCUCCAUGGCUGUGGCCCUUCAGGACUACAUGGCCCCUGACUGCCGUUUCCUGACUAUACAUAGGGGCCAAGUCGUGUAUAUCUUCUCCAAGCUGAAGGGCCGCGGACGGCUCUUCUGGGGAGGCAGCAUUCAGGGAGAUUACUAUGGAGACCUGGCUGCCCGCCUGGGCUAUUUUCCCAGUAGCAUUGUUCGAGAGGACCAGACCCUGAAACCUGGCAAAAUUGAUGUGAAGACAGAUAAGUGGGAUUUCUACUGCCAGUGAGCUCAGCCUACCGCUGUCCUUAAUGUUUUCCUUCCCAAGCUUUAUGCAAAUACAUCAGCCGAGUG